AAAUUUAAAUACCAUGUGGGUGAUUUUGCUGACCCUGAUAAACUAAGAAGCGUUGGACCUAAUUGGUGUUUGGAUGGGAGACCUCUAAGUAAUCCCAGGGUGGGAGUCUAAACCGGAAAGUGGAAAAAAGCACCACUUCCAUAUUGUUACUAAGGCAGGACGUAUCCAUCAUAUCACCAGAAGCCGAGAGAGACUUUAUUUGUGCCCUUACUCCGUUGCUGGCUGUUAAAUUAGUCUCUGCUUUUCCUCAUAUUCAUAAGCUGGGGCGUACCAAGCCUUCCUGGCGAGGAGGAAAUUCAAUGGUGGGACCAAGGGAAGGUCGGUCUGGUCUCCCUCUCUCGCUGCUCCAAGAAGGUAUCUUGAGGCGAAGCGCCGUCUGUGCCGGAGCGUGACGGCUUCCACCUCUUUCCAUAAAGUUUCUUUCCUCUCCCCGCCCCAGAAAAUAAGGGACGGGAGAAGGGAUCACGUGGCCCGAUGAAAAGGGAGGCGGUUACGCGAGGGGGGUCUCUCUCGCGCUUCCUUCGCUCUCCUUUUCUUGGCUCGGCAUCUUCCGUGGUAGUUUCAGUCUCUUAACUCCGGCGACGCUGGAGGGAGCUCAAGCAGGAAAGCAAGGAGCCCGGCCAGGUUGGCGAUGCGGGCUCAGGCGUCGCUUGCUGCCCUCGGAGCUCCUCUCCGCAGCGGCUGCAGCAGCGCCAGUCCAUCAAAGCAGAGGUGCUCCGCUCCCCGACCUUCGCCCGACUGGGGCUCUUGCUGAGAUCGCGCGACUUCCUUGCCCGGUGCCCGCCCGCCAGCCGCCACCUCCGACGGCUCCAGGAGGAUGUGGCUCCUCGCCGUGACGACAACUUUCUGGGGAUUGUUGCUGGCACCAGGAUUUGCUUUGCAAAUACAGUGUUAUCAGUGUGAGGAAUUUCAGCUAAAUAAUGACUGCUCGUCCCCAGAGUUCAUUGUGAACUGUACUGUGAAUGUCCAAGACAUGUGUCAGAAGGAAGUAAUGGAAAAAAGUUCAGGGAUCCUGUAUCGCAAGUCCUGUGCAUCCUCUGCCGCUUGCCUCAUGACCUCUGCCGGAUACCAGACUUUCUGUACUCCAGGGAAGAUAAACUCUGUUUGUAUAAGCUGUUGCAAUACUCCACUUUGUAAUGGGCCCAGGCCAAAGAAGCGGGGGAACUCCGGCACCAUGCCUAGGGCAGGAGUAUUAACAACCAUGCUGCUCUCUAGCUUGCCAUUUCUAUCACCCGUGCACUGCUAA